CGCGAUAUUUCCGGGUGAACGGGAGCCCGGGCCGCCCGGGCUUCUGUGAAACAUGGCGGUCGGCUGGGACCGUAACACAAGGAAAAUUAUAUACAUGAGAAGCAAAAUUAUAACCUGAUGGCCACUUUUGAGCAUGGAGUCAAGCAAGAGCAUGACUAUAUGAAAGAAGAAGAAGAAGGUUUUCCUGAAGAUGAGGCGACUGAAUCGGAAGAAAACCUUAAGUUUGGUGAAAGAGUUGGAUGCCUUUCCAAAGGUUCCUGACAGCUAUGUAGAGACUUCAGCCAGUGGGGGUACAGUUUCUCUAAUAGCAUUUACCACUAUGGCUUUAUUAACUAUAAUGGAAUUUUCAGUAUAUCAAGAUACAUGGAUGAAGUAUGAAUAUGAAGUAGACAAGGAUUUUUCUAGCAAAUUGAGAAUCAAUAUAGAUAUUACUGUUGCCAUGAAGUGUCAAUAUGUUGGAGCAGAUGUAUUGGAUUUAGCAGAAACAAUGGUUGCAUCUACAGAUGGUCUAGUUUAUGAACCAGCAAUAUUUGAUCUUUCACCACAGCAAAAAGAGUGGCAGAGGAUGCUGCAGCGAAUUCAGAGUAGACUGCAAGAAGAACAUUCACUUCAAGAUGUGAUAUUUAAAAGUGCUUUUAAAAGUGCAUCAACAGCACUUCCACCAAGGGAGGAUGAUUCAUCACAGCCUCCAGAUGCUUGCAGAAUUCAUGGUCAUCUGUAUGUCAAUAAAGUAGCAGGGAAUUUUCACAUAACUGUGGGCAAGGCAAUUCCACAUCCCCGAGGUCAUGCACACUUGGCAGCACUUGUCAACCAUGACUCUUACAACUUUUCUCACAGAAUAGAUCAUUUGUCUUUUGGAGAGCUUGUUCCAGGAAUUAUUAAUCCUUUAGAUGGAACUGAAAAAAUUGCAUUAGAUCACAACCAGAUGUUCCAAUAUUUUAUUACAGUUGUGCCAACAAAACUACAUACAUAUAAAAUUUCAGCAGACACCCACCAGUUUUCUGUGACAGAAAGGGAACGUGUCAUAAACCAUGCUGCAGGCAGCCAUGGAGUCUCUGGGAUUUUUAUGAAAUAUGAUCUCAGUUCUCUGAUGGUGACAGUUACUGAGGAACAUAUGCCAUUCUGGCAGUUUUUUGUAAGACUCUGUGGUAUUGUUGGAGGAAUCUUUUCAACAACAGGCAUGCUACAUGGAAUUGGAAAAUUUAUAGUUGAAAUAAUUUACUGUCGUUUCAGACUUGGAGCCUACAAACCCGUCAAUUCUGUUCCCUAUGAAGAUGGCCACACAGACAACCACUUACCUCUUUUAGAAAAUAACACACAUUAGCGCCUCCCAAGUAAAGGAGAAAAACUUUUUGCCUGAGACAUAAAACCUUUUUUAAUAAUAAAAUAUUGUGCAAUAUAGUCAAAGAAAACAUGAAUUAAGAAGCAGGAUUCUCACAUAGAGAAAAAAAGAAAAAAAACCCAAACUGAAUCCUAUACUUGUCGUGUCUGUUACAAAUGUCCCAGAAGAAAUUAUGCAGCUAAUCUAAUCAGUGAAUAAGCCCAACUGGAGUAUUGCUUUGAAGAUGACCCCUUCUGAUAUUUUCAUAGCAAAUGGGCUGUAUCGAAAUCAGACCUUCUUGAUGACAAAGAGCCUGAAGGAAAGAAGCAAACCACAUUUAAAGAAAAAGGCAUUGAUAAGUGCAAAUGUUUGCAUCUCUUUGUUUUUAAAAGAUAUGGUGUCAGAAUAAAAUAUGUAAAACAUAUGGAAAACUAGUCUAAACUUUAAAAAAGUGUGGUCAGGUCACAUUUUUAAUAAAGGAAAAGAGGGAGGUGUUCUUAUGUUAUAGCCAUAUUACUGUUAAGCCAUAAUGACAAGACCUUUUACCUAGUAAUUUGGUCUUAGGACUACUUUUCUUUAAACUCUUGCUGUUGACUUUUCUGAUUAUUCAAGGCAAGGUCGUGAAAGACUAAGGUAAAUUCUUAUAAGGGGCAGGUCCAUAGAUGCUGUAGUAUGUAACAGAGGUAUUACUCACAAAUUAUACAGUGGGCACUUAUAUAGGGAGAAGAAAGUACAUGUUUAAAAAAGGUGCUGAGUAAUUCUCGCCAUGGUACAAUGGGUUAAGAAUGACUGCAGUGCCGUGGGUUGCUGUGGAGGUAUGGGUUGGAUCCCCAGCCCUGUGCAGUAGUUUAAAGGAUCCAGCAUUGAUGCAACUGUGGCUUGGGUCAUGGCUGAAGCUCAGAUUCAGUCCCUGGCUGGGGAACUUCCAUAUGCCUUGGGUGUGGCCAUAAAAAGAAAAAGAUGCUGAGUUUCCUCAUCUGAUCCUUAUUAUUGGUAUACUUUAGGAGUAAGGGAUGAGUAAUUAAAAGAUCUACUAAUGAUAAAAAUUAUCAUUUUAUCAUCAGUAAAAUAUUAAGAGGAAAAAUAGAAUAUUUUGUAUGUGUUGUGAUGAGUGGGCAACAGGGUAACUUUAAGUAAAAUAGAACUCUGAGGCAAAUAUUUUAAGUAAAAUAAGAUAAUAUCAGCUCUGAGAGGUUAUCAUAUUAAAACAAUGUCUGUUAAAUUGUAAAACUGUGUUAUGAAAGAAGUAUAUGCAGAGUGUCCUGAAUGUGACAUGGAUUGUGUUAGUCUAGCCUUCUUAGUAUUUUAAAGGUUGAUUUUAAAUUUCUAAACUGUAAAAGAUUAAAAAUAAUGAGAGAGGUAUAUUACUCAGAUACCUUUAAAAACUAAAUUUGGAAUGUGUGUGCCAACAUCAUUUUUCCUUUUGUAGUACUUAAUGAUAGUAGAAGAAUCAUCAGUCAGUUUUCAUGAUUUAAAUCAUUUAGGGAAGUGGGGAAUAAAAGGCUAAGACUAAGAGACUAGAUUUAAAAUGGUGGUUUUCAGAGAAUAGGACAUCACAAGUUAAAAGUUUUUCAAAUUUCUUUUACAAGGUAAAAGAAAAAAAUAUUUCCUUGAAAAUGAUUGGGGCAGAUAAUGUAAUGAAGAGAAGGAGAAAUACUGAUAAAACUACUUUGCAGUUAAAGUGUAUGUAGAAUGGUAUUUUGCAAAUAAUAACAGAAGCAUCAUUGUUUAAAAUAUAGUUUAUCAUUAAGAACCAUUAGAUUAAUUGAUUAAGUAGGUGACAAACAUGCUUUGAAAAUUUUUUGAAUCCAGAAAAUUCCAAAUAAUGAAUGGCCUUCUCUGUAUUUCUGAUUUCUUUAUUAUUUCCAAUGAAGUUAGACUAGGAAAAGGAAUUUUAAUCAGAAAGAAUUAGAAUUUUAGCUAUUUUAGACUGAAGGUUGGUUCUGUGAAUCUGCUUGUCAGAAAGUUCAACUAAGUUUCAGGUUUUUUUAAAAUAGGAAAAGUGGAAUUCCCGUGGCGCAGCGGUUAACGAAUCCGACUAGGAACCAUGAGGUUGCGGGUUCGGUCCCUGCCCUUGCUGAGUGGGUUAACGAUCCGGCGUUGCCGUGAGCUGUGGUGUAGGUUGCAGACGCGGCUCGGAUCCCGCGUUGCUGUGGCUCUGGUGUAGGCCGGCGGCUACAGCUCCGAUUGGACCCCUAGCCUGGGAACCUCCAUGUGCCGCUGGAGCAGCCCAAGAAAUGGCAAAAAGACAAAAAUAAAUAAAUAAAUAAAAUAGGAAAAGCUAUAUUGAUUUAGAAUUAUUUUCUUUUAAUUCGCAUUAUAAUAGUAUCUUUAAGAAGGAUUUUAAAAUUAUUUUGGCAUAUAUAUAUAUAGUUUCCAUAUAUAUAUGUUUUGUUUUCAUGUUCUACAAAUACCAUAUUAAAAUUUUAAUGGAAUUAAUCUGUCCCAUUAAAACUGACUAUAAAAGGAAUUUCUUUGAAACAAAAUCCUACUUUGCCAUUGAUUCCAUUUUAAAAGUUAAAGAUUUCCAUCUGAAACUCCUCAAAUAAUCAGAGUCAGAUUUGGGACAGUCUAAGUAUUGAGUUUCUGACCAGUUCUUUGUAUAGUGGAUGAAAUAUACUAGCGUGUUAAGAUAUAUUAGGGCUUUUUACUCAACCACGUAUUUCAUUUCCAUUGCAUAGAACACCCUACCACCUAUUAUGUAGCCUGGGCUUAUGCCUGGGCUUAUGCCUGCCUCCAACAGAAUACCUAACUUUAUUACUCAGUCCUUUUUAUUAGGGAAUUCAUGAUAUCUGUAUGUACAUAUUCCAUCCAAAUAUUUUAAAAGUUGAGAUCUCAAAUUUUGUGAAGUGAGUUUUUUUAACUGUGUUUGCAUACUUUGGCCUGUAAAAAGAGAUGAAAUGUUUAGGUGAUUAAUUCUCUGCUGCAUUAUUUGUAAACUUCAAACUACCUCUUUGGAAAAGCUUGACACAAUAUUACAAAAUUAUUCUAAUUUUUAACUUAGAUGAUUAAUACUACACUUUUCUCAUAUACAUUUUAUGAUAUAAAGCACUGGAUUUUUAUGGUAAAUUAUUUACUAGUGCAAAAUUUAUAAUCUUUAACGCAAACUUAACUUUGGAUUCAUAAAGUAAUAACUAAGAUCACCUAAUUUUUUAAUGGUAUAAGUAGAGCUAUAUUACACAUUGUCUUUCUAUGUCUUGGGUUAGUAAUUCAAGUAUCAAAAAGUAAAUUUAUAUUCAUCUUCUUUGCUUCAAAAUUAAAACUUUGAAUCUUAAGUUUGAGAAACAUUCCAAUGAGCCUUAGGACUUUUAAAAUCUCAUCAUCUCAUCAUGCCCUUUAGCCUCGUACUUAAGUUCUUCCCUUUCUGUUUGGAGCUCUAGCACAAACCUUCAAGCCAAAGUGAGUCACUCUUUGUCAGCAUUAUUCAAAUAGAUCACUGUCUCUUCACUACCUUAUGAUGCUUGGAUUAAUAUCCAAGUACUCUUUCUUUACUGUAGUUUCCCUUCCUUUUGAAAUAUCUUAGUGAUGAAAUCACUUAGAAUUAUUUUAAGAGUAGGAAACAAACUGCCUUGGAUAUUUUUUCUUACAGUUUUUGUUCUAAAAGGAAAAAACACAAAAGACUCAGUGUCUCAAUCGUAAACAUUUGGAUAAAAUAACAAAUAAAAUAACAAAUUAUACAGUGA